AUGGCGAACUGGCAGCAGUGCUUCUCGGUCUACCGUACCUAUGUCGAUGCCAUCUCCAUCACCUCGGAGGCCGCUGGCCGCAUCGACCAGCCGGUGGAGGACAUUGACUCGUUGCUCAAAGAGGGGGUACCGAGGCUGUCAGACAAGAAGGACCUCGACCCCGAGACUAACAAGGAAGAGGAUAUCACGUGGAACCUGAAGGUCAGAGCGCUCGCCGAGGAGCUCGACUCCGACGGUGCGCGGACCGUUGUGAGCAAGCUCGUGCAGUCCUUCGCGCCUUCGAUUUUCGAGGAGGACGAAGUCAAGAAGGGUCUGCUCUGCCAGUUGUUCGGCGGCACCCCGAAGGUACUCAACACCACCACGAAGGGAAGGUGCCGUCCGGAGAUCAACACGCUGUUGUGCGGCGACCCCUCGACCGCCAAGUCUCAGUUAUUGCAGUACGCCUACAAGCUGGCCCCUCGCGGCGUGUACACUUCAGGCAAGGGGAGCAGCGCUGUGGGCCUCACCGCAUCCAUCAACAAGGAUCCGGCCACCGGCGAGCUGGUCCUGGAGAGCGGAGCCUUGGUGCUCGCAGACAGAGGCGUAUGUUGCAUCGACGAGUUCGACAAGAUGGACGAAAGCGCUCGCGCCAUCCUGCAUGAGGCAAUGGAGCAGCAGACGGUGAGCGUGGCGAAGGCCGGCAUCGUUUGCUCUUUGAACGCCCGCAGCUCCAUCCUUGCGUCGGCGAACCCGAAGGAUUCGGCCUACGAUCCGAAAAUGUCCAUCGUGGAGAACAUCAACUUGCCGAAGAACCUAAUGACCCGCUUCGAUUUCAUAUGGCUCAUGCUGGACAAGCGCCAGAAGGAGAACGAUCGAAGGUUGGCAGGGCAUCUCAUCUCCAUGUACACCGAGGCGGGCGCACGCAGUCGGGUCGAACCCAGCAUCGACAGCGAGCUCUUCCGGCGCUACGUUUCCUUCGCGAAGCGGUGGGUGUUCCCUAGGUUGACGGACGAGUCCGAGGCUGCGCUCAUCAAGGGCUACAUCGACCUGCGCAACCAGGGCACUUCCCGCGAGGCAAUCACGGCCACGCCGCGCAUCCUGGAGACGUUGAUCCGCACUUCGGAGUCGUUGGCAAAGAUGGAGCUAAGAGAAGAGGUCUUGACCACGGAUGUCGAGGAAGCCAUCCGGCUGCUGAAAGCGGCCACCUACGCUGCGGCCGUCGACCCGGAGACCGGCCUGAUCGACAUGGAGCAGCUCAUCGUGGGCAUGGGGGCCGCUCGCCGCAAGCGCAACAAGGAGCUGGAGCAGCUGAUCCAGGACAUCGUCAGCGAGGCCGGCGACAGGCAGCUCGGCCAGGAGCAGGUGAAGGUGGCCCUGAACGAGAAGCUCGGGGAGCGGAAGGAGCAGCUGGCCAGCGACGCGGAGCUAAGGUCGGUGCUGAAUUCUCUGGAGCAGCAGGGCGCGAUCCGCCGGCAGGGCAAGAUGAUCGAGGGGCGCGCAAGCUGA